GGUUAGGGUUUACAGAUGCAGCAAAGACAGGAAUCUGAAGGGCUUUUUGCCUUUCUUGUAGCUGAAAAGCAGAAGUAUAAAAUCAGAUUAGGUGACGCAGCUCAAAUAAAUGCUGUUGCAAAGGAAGACGAGCACAAAAUAAAUCUUAUUUCUCCAGCAAGGAAACAAGCUGAUUUCUGCAAGGCCUGCGUGACUGCUGCCGUGCCCCACGUCGGCUGCAGGCAGGACCAGUUUGACAAUUUAGAAAAGCACACGCAGUGGGGUAUCGAUGUUCUGGAAAAAUACAUCAAGUUUGUCAAAGAAAGAACAGAGAUUGAACUCAGCUAUGCAAAGCAGCUUAGGAACCUUUCAAAGAAAUAUCAACCCAAAAAGAACUCCAAAGAAGAGGAAGAGUACAGGUACACAUCAACUAGAGCCUUCCUAGCCACUUUAAAUGAAAUGAAUGACUAUGCCGGACAGCAUGAGGUCAUUUCAGAGAACAUGACCUCUCUUAUCAUUGGAGAGUUAACUCGCUAUGUGCAGGAGCUGAAACAAGAGAGGAAAUCGCACUUCCACGAUGGCAGAAAGGCACAACAACAUAUUGAAACUUGCUGGAAACAACUUGAAGCUAGUAAAAGGCGGUUUGAACGUGACUGCAAAGAAGCCGAUCGAGCACAGCAGUAUUUUGAGAAAAUGGAUGCUGAUAUCAAUGUUACAAAAGCAGAUGUUGAGAAGGCAAGACAGCAAGCCCAGCUGAGACAUCAAAUGGCAGAAGACAGCAAAGCAGAAUAUUCUUCCACUCUACAGAAGUUCAACAGUGAGCAGCACGAUCAUUACUACACACACAUACCAAACAUCUUCCAGAAAAUACAAGAGAUGGAGGAAAGAAGAAUUGUGAGGAUAGGUGAAUCCAUGAAAACUUUUGCAGAUGUUGACCGCCAGGUGAUCCCCAUCAUUGGGAAGUGUCUGGAUGAAAUAACAAAGGCUGCAGAAUCAGUUGAUCACAAGAAUGAUUCGCAGAUGGUAAUAGAAGCCUUUAAAUCAGGCUUUGAGCCUCCAGGAGAUGUUGACUUUGAGGACUUCACUCAGCCCAUGAAGCGCACUGUCUCCGAAUCCAGCCUUUCCAACUCCAGAGGGGAUGGGAAGUAUGAGCCGAAGUUUGGUGGCAAAUCCAAGGGCAAGUUGUGGCCAUUCAUCAAGAAAAAUAAGUCUCCCAAGCAGCAAAAGGAACCCCUCUCCCAUCGCUUCAACGAGUUCAUGACCUCCAAACCCAAAAUCCACUGCUUCAGGAGCCUAAAGCGCGGGCUUUCUCUCAAGCUGGGAGCUGGGCCAGAGGACUUCAGCAAUCUCCCACCUGAACAAAGAAGAAAGAAACUUCAGCAAAAAGUCGAUGAGCUGAACAAAGACAUUCAGAAGGAGAUGGAUCAAAGAGAUGCCUUAACGAAAAUGAAAGACGUGUAUAUCAAGAACCCUCAGAUGGGAGACGCAGCGAGUGUGGACCACAGAUUAUCAGAACUUGAACAGAACAUUGAAAAGCUACGAUUAGAAGUGCAGAAAUUUGAGGGCUGGCUGGCCGAGGUGGAGGGCAGGUUGCCCUCGCGGACGGAGCAGGCGCGGCGGCAGAGUGGGCUGUAUGAAGCCCAGAACACUUCAGCAGUGAACAGCUGUGCACAGGACCGGGAGAGCCCAGAUGGCAGUUACACAGAGGAGCAAAGUCAGGAGACUGAGAUGAAAGUACCUGCAACAGAUUUUGACGAUGAAUUUGACGAUGAAGAACCACUACCAACCAUAGGAACAUGUAAAGCUCUCUAUACGUUUGAAGGUCAGAAUGAAGGAACAAUUUCUGUAGCAGAAGGAGAAAUGCUGUAUGUAAUAGAAGAAGACAAAGGUGAUGGGUGGACGCGAAUCCGAAGGAACGAAGACGAGGAGGGCUAUGUCCCUACGUCUUAUGUUGAAGUCUAUUUGGACAAAAAUGCCAAAGGUGCUAUGACUUAUAUUUAAUAAUAUUAUUAUUACUUUACUUGCUUUCACAGAGAUACCCAAGCCUGCAACUUUGCGUUGCAUACAGAGCCUUUUAAAAGUCUGUACAGUGCCACAAUCUGCGUUAUGUCAUACAUGGACUAAUAUGGCUUGCUGUACUGCAAAACAUGCUUUUUGUUGGUCAGAGAAGGCUAGUGUGGUAGAGGGGAAAUGCAGCCUUUCCUAGUAAGUGCUCAUUCAACUGUCACUGCCAUUGCACACCCAAUCUAGGGCAGGAAACACAAAGCCAUUUGGAAACACUGCUGGUUUUCCUUACAUAUCCUGGGGGUAUUUCAGACAUGUUCACAAGUUUGUCCCAAACUGAUCCAGUGCACUGCUAUAUAGGAGAUAUUCAGCCUGGUGUUUUGUGUCUCAGCAUGGCAGAGCUUUCAGAGCCUCAUGAGUUCUGUGGACCUUUGGAACUGAAACCUGCUCAUCAUUUAGUUAGUGUGUUUGGAAGGGGAAGCAGAAGUCUUGCCAAAGCCUCUCUACACAGCACUCUAUGAUCCUUGAUCAAUCAUUUAAACAUCGACGUUAAGGAAAAUCCUUUAUUCUUUCCAGUCUUGAUACAUUUCAGAAAAUGUUCUUUUGGCUGUAUUUGCUAUUUCAGAUGAAGUACAGGUUUUCUGAUGACCUGUAACUAAUGGGUCUUCUGCUGAAAUGCAGUCAGUGGAGGCACUCUGAGCUUAAACUGGACGGUCUUCUGUUUCUCAGUUGCUUUUGACUCCUCCCAAAUAGGUGUAUUUUGUAAGCAAGCAGUGCAUACAGGAGAAUACUGGGUAGAAUACAUGGCUAGCAUGUAAAUACCUGGUAACAUAAUUCACUGAGAAGUUUUAGGUCUGUUUCAAAUUGAUAUGUUUGAAGUCCACUGUUAAAUAAUUAAUGCAUUUCUUUUGCAGUCAUUUAAUUGUUCAGAUCGUUGUGUUUAAAGAACCUUUAAGUUCUUGGUGUGAAACAAACUGCCUCGUCCAAUUUGAAAGAAAAGGGAACCAUUCUCAUAGAGGUUUAUGGACAGUGGAGAGAGAAGAGAGCUGUCUCUGUAAACAAAUGCUACAAUUUGAUCAGCUCACUUUUUCCUGGGCUCAGUAUUAAUCAGUGCGUGCCUCACCUGCUGCAGAUGGAAGUCUAGGGUCUGAUUUUGCCAUAGUAGUUUUAUGUUUGGCAAAUACAGUCAGCUGAGAAGCAAAAGUAAAUUCAGCCCCCCUGUCUGCCUUGGUUAACCUUUAAAAGGUGGGUUUGUAUUGUUUGUUUUCUCUGCUUCACGUUCAGGACAAGGCAGAGAGCACAGAAUGAGAGACCUCAUAACUCAGUGUUCCCUCCUUUGGAGAUCGUGUCCCCCGUGUGUGGCAGUGGUUGAAAGCAGCAUUAUUGCCCUGCUGGAAGAUGUGGUGUUCAGCAAUGCAGGCUGCUUGAAGCAGCUGAGCUGCUGUGGCAUCUCCAUCUGUCAGAAGCAGCAGGCAUGGCGCUCUGCACGCUUCUCUCUGAGUGAUGCUGAAGGGCAGUCAGUGCUGGGAGUGAGUGCUGACAAGCUGGGAGGAGUUCAGAUCUUUUGUUUUUCCCAUUAAUUUUGCUGGACUUUAAGAAUGAAAUCAACUGUGCUGUGACUAUCUAAUGGAAACGAACUAUGAGAUUUACUUAUUUUAAAAUGGAAAACUUGCCAUAAAACAUCGGAGAGGCUGUGUAAAGAUUCAUGGGAAAUGCUGCUGCAUUUAGAAGGCAAACUUUGUGGCAAGUUGCAGUUUUCUCAUUUGAUAUUAAUGUGCUGUAGAAGGACUUUAUUCAAUCCCUGACUAUUUAACCUGGAAACCACAACUUUCCUGAAAAUGACAGUGCUAAAGCAUUUACACACUUCAAUUCCUGUUCUCAAAAAGACCCUGGAGCAGCUGGCAGCUCUCGGUGUAGCUGUGCAAAGAGCACUUAGGUGAGGUGCCCAAGCAAAGGCCCGGGCUGUGGCUGUUCCUGUGGGAUGGUAGGACAGGUAAGUUGUGUGCUGCAGCCACCCCUGUGCGUGUGCUGCUCACGUGAGCCAGCUCAGGGCUGCCUGAGGGCUGCUGGUAAAGUUUACCAUGGUAAACUCCAGCCAGAGGGUGUUGCAAACCCUGUCACAAAAAGAAGGUAAUGUCUAUCUUGUUCUGCCUUUUUUUUUUUUUU